ACGAUGAUUUACUAGAGAAGAAGAAGAAAACAAUGGAAAAUUCGAAACAAGAGAAGCCGCGAAGGAAAAACUACCGAAAGAGAAACCCAACCGAAGAACACAACCAACUCCCACAAUCCCAAUCAAACAAUGAUUCCGACGACGAACACGAAAGAAGAUUGGCAUUGGAAGAGAUCAAGCUUCUCCAGAAGCAGAGAGAAAGGAAAUCAGGAAUUCCUGCAAACCUCACUUUGCAGCAAUCUAAUCCUAGUAUUUCCGGCGGUUCAGCUGCUAAAGCAGUUGAAAAGAACGACGGCGGCGGCGAUGGUGGUGACAAGGAUGAUCUUGUUCUUCAAGACACGUUUGCUCAAGAAACUGCUGUUAUGGAUGAAGAUCCCAAUAUGGUUAAGUAUAUUGAGCAGGAAUUAGCGAAGAAGAGAGGUAGGAAUAUUGAUGAAGAAGAUCAAGUGGAGAAUGAGUUGAAACGUGCUGAAGAUGAACUAUAUACAAUCCCUGACCAUCUUAAAGUAAAAAAGCGAAAUUCCGAAGAAAGCUCUACACAGUGGACCACUGGUAUUGCUGAGAUUCAGCUUCCAAUAGAAUAUAAAUUGAAAAAUAUUGAAGAAACAGAGGCUGCCAAAAAGCUUCUGCAGGAAAAGAGGCUUAUGGUUGGUCGGGCAAAGUCAGAUUUCAGCAUUCCAUCAAGUUACAGUGCUGAUUAUUUCCAGCGGGGCAGGGAUUAUGCUGAAAAACUUAGAAGAGAACAUCCCGAGUUGUACAAAGAAAGAAGUCUACAGGAUGAUAGUUCUGCAUCCAAACAAAAUGAUGCCGGCAGUGAUGCUGCUGGAGCAAUACAGAGGCAAGCUGCAACUGACCAGUUCAUGUUAGAGCGUUUCAAGAAACGAGAACGUCAUCGUGUCCGGAGAUGACAUUAAUGUGAUGUUAGUGGGCUUAAUUUACAUCAAUCUGCGAAAGAUCUGCGAAAGAUAUUGUAUGAACUUGUUGUAAUGGGUAGAAUGGUAACUGUGCUUUAUUAUUAGGCAAUCUUCAUGUACUGAGAUGAUAUUCAGAUUUUGUUUCAUUAAACAGUUGUUUUUUUAGGCUUACUCUGCCAUUUGCUUUGCCUCAGUGACUCAAGAUAGUUCUAUAUUAUUAUACCAAAAUGUUAGUUUAUUAGAAAAAGUUGUUAUGAAUUUUAUACACGGCUUACAUUACAUAUAUAUUCUAUUUCUUUCUUCAAAUAGUACUCGACAUAAAACAAAAACUUCUAUUAGUUGGGAUUAAAGGUGGAGAAGCACCAAAUUUCAAAAUUGCCCAUUGGCCAUUCUAAUCUGAAGUAUAUUUUUGGAUGCAACCAUAUACACCGAAUCCAUUCGUAAAUAAGACAUCUAUCAAGAAUCCAUU